CGGCGAAUCCUCUGGCAUCCGCCCCGGCGGGCCGCCCCGGCGCGCAAGGUUGAAGCAUGGAGCUGCGUGUGGGAAAUAAGUAUCGCCUGGGCCGCAAGAUUGGCAGUGGAUCCUUUGGAGACAUCUACCUGGGUGCCAACAUUGCCUCUGGUGAGGAGGUAGCCAUCAAGCUCGAGUGUGUGAAGACGAAGCACCCUCAGCUCCACAUCGAGAGCAAGUUCUACAAGAUGAUGCAGGGGGGAGUGGGGAUCCCGUCCAUCAAGUGGUGCGGGGCUGAGGGAGACUAUAACGUGAUGGUCAUGGAGCUGCUGGGGCCCAGCCUGGAGGACCUCUUCAACUUCUGCUCCCGGAAGUUUAGCCUCAAGACGGUGCUGUUGCUGGCCGACCAGAUGAUCAGCCGGAUCGAGUACAUCCACUCCAAGAACUUCAUCCACCGGGAUGUGAAGCCUGACAACUUCCUCAUGGGCCUGGGCAAGAAGGGCAACCUGGUGUACAUCAUUGACUUCGGCUUGGCCAAGAAGUACCGCGAUGCCCGCACACACCAGCAUAUCCCCUACCGGGAAAACAAGAACCUGACCGGCACUGCCCGCUACGCCUCUAUCAACACCCACCUGGGCAUCGAGCAAAGCCGUCGAGAUGACCUGGAGAGCCUGGGCUACGUGCUCAUGUACUUCAACCUGGGCUCCCUGCCCUGGCAGGGCCUCAAAGCCGCUACCAAGCGCCAGAAGUACGAGCGAAUCAGCGAGAAGAAGAUGUCAACGCCGAUCGAGGUCCUCUGCAAAGGCUACCCCUCCGAGUUCUCAACAUACCUCAACUUCUGCCGCUCCCUGCGGUUCGAUGACAAGCCUGACUACUCCUACCUGCGCCAGCUCUUCCGCAAUCUCUUUCACCGGCAGGGUUUCUCCUACGACUACGUCUUCGACUGGAACAUGCUCAAAUUCGGGGCUUCCUCGAGCCAGGCUCAGCCCCGAGACAACGAAGCUCUUAUGUCGCCCUGUCCCCGCCCAUGGCCUUGCGCUGGGCCCACAUGCUCACCCACUUACUGGUGCCCGGCGCCCCUGGGCACCCAAGGACCCCCAGAUAGGCCGGUGGAGGAGGUGGAGCAGCUGCCCCCUCAAAGAUACUGGCCUGUGGUCUGGACUCCAGGGCCCCAGUUCUGACACCACCAGGGUGUCGCAGCCAUCUCUGCGAAGCUUGAGGAAAGCAUCCUACGGGAUUGCAGGGUGACACCCUGUUCCAAAGAGGUGGCUGUCCGGUGGAAAGAGUAUGACAGAAAGCCCUGCAUGGGAUUCUCGAGAGUAAACCAGCUGCCUGAGGGCUAGGACAAGCCUGAAGAAGGAAUAGCGACUGCCUGGGAGGGGUUGGUGGCACAUCAAGGACCCUGCUCCGUCUAGACCCCAGUAUCGGCCUAUGUAUUGAUUCUGAGCUCAUUAAAACCCUUCCUUCUCUUCAUCCACGUGUACCUCUCUUUUCACAGAGCGGCCCUUGGCCCGCUCCAUCCAGUGUUAAGAACGAACACAGAUAGGCCUUGUCUUCUGGACACCAAGAUGGUACAAUGAUUUCGGGCUCUUCUCUUUGGGUCCGAACGGUGGCCUGGGCCUGUUCUCUAAGGAAGUCUCACAGGCUGGGGACUUCGAGGACAAACUUGUGCCUUUUAUCUCUGGGACUGGAGUGAAAGGUGGGCAGUGAGGCUCCUUCCAGCUCAGAGCAUGUUGGCCUAGGGCCUGGUCGUGCAGCUAGUUCUUACUGGAUGUUCAAGACCUGGGGCACCAGACAUGUGCUACAGAAAAUUACCCAAGUCUAAUUUGGAGAUGGGUUUGACCUUUCUCGGUGAUGCUCAAAGGAUAGACUUUGUAUUCUCUAGGCCUGGGCAUCCCUCUGUCAUAGCCCCUGGCCACACAGUGCUGACUUUCAUUCAGUAAAAUCAUUGGAAAUGGAUGCCAGCUCCUUAGUCAGUCACCAGAUUCCACUAAGAAAGGACAAGUGGCUGCUACAUCCCGCAUGACAGAUGGGAACAUUUGUCCUCCGGGAGGUCCUAUGGACAGCUGCGGGACAUGCUUCCUUCACAGUGCCCCUUGUGUGAAUGACCAGUUGACAAAAUCUCAAACUAGGCCAGAUCCACCCUCCCGGCCCAGUCUCUAGUACUGUGAUCCCCUCCCUGGAGUCUCCUUGGAGGAAGUAGACUCUAGAGUUCAAAGCUGGACAGCCUUUGCCUCUGCCUUGUGUGACCCUGUCACCUCGUGGCCAGCUUCAUUGCCAGGACCAUCUGUGGAACACACAGCAGAAACAACCAUCACCCCCGAGACCGGGCCUUCCCACCUGCCCUGCAGUAAACAGUCUGUCAGCUGUACUCUGCAGACAGGACUCCCUGAGCAACAGACCGCACGGAUCCACUUGACCUUGGAAUGACCUCCGCUGUCCCACCCCAGGGGACUGGAAUCCCCAGAUGCUUCUCUCUGAGAACAUAACCAUGAUUCUAGUCAGGAGGAGACUUCACAUAGCCGAGGACUGGGGUCUGUCUGUAAGAUGGAGCCAGACACUUGUGUGACUUUGGCACUGACUUCUGUGUUUUCUUGUGGGCAAAUAAAGGCUGUGAACACUC